AUGAGUAAAAUAAUAGAUAAUUACAUCCUAAAAGAAAUAGCGGGAAGCGGUCAAUACGGUAAAGUAUAUAAAUCCACCCAUUUAAAGACCGAAUAAGUAUAUGCUAUAAAAGUAAUAAAAUUAGAAAAAUUUAAAAGUGUUCCCUAACUUCACCAAUUUACAUUAAACGAGAUCUAAACUCUUACAAAAAUAAACAAUCCAAAUGUCAUAACAUUUAUAGAAAUGCUCCGUUCUUAAAAUAAUGUUUAUUUAGUUUACGAGUUUUGCGAUGGAGGUACUCUUGAAGAUAUAAUAAAAUAAAAAAAAAUAAUUUGUGAAAAAGAAGCGAUACAUAUUUUUUAAUAAAUAAUAAAUGCUUUCAAGUGUAUGUUUAGGGAAAAUAUACUACACAGAGAUUUAAAGCCUUCCAAUAUAUUAUUACAUAAUGGAGUUAUUAAAGUUGCAGAUUUUGGAUUUUGUAAAACCUUACUUUCUGCUUCUGAUUUAACAUAAACUAUGGUCGGAUCACCUAUUUAUAUGGCCCCGGAAAUUCUAAAAGGUUGCAAUUAUAAUAUAAAGGCAGAUAUAUGGUCUAUGGGGGUGGUUUUAUUUGAAAUGUUGUUCGGUUAUUGUCCUUAUGAAGAUAAAACUAUUGCCUAGUUAAUUAAUUAGAUUGAUAAUAAAUAACUGGUUAUUCCAAAACAUAUUAAUAAUAUUUCAGUUUAAUUAGAAGAGUUGUUAAUGAGAAUGCUUACUAUUGAUCCUGAUAGAAGAAUCGAAUGGAAUACUUUACUUAAUCACCCUCUUUUUGAGAAAAAAAAUGAAUAGUAUUAUAAUAGUGUUAUUUGCAAUUAAUUUUUAGGUGCCAAAGACAAAAGAUAUUUACCUAAAGUAAGUAGAAAUCCUUUCUACAUAAAUAUAAGGCCUUAGGCUAAAUAAUUCCUAAAAUAAAUGGCUAAUUAUUAUGAUAUAAUUAUAUGGACUGCUAGUGUUAAAGAUUAUGCUGAUCCUAUUAUAAAUUAAUUAGAUCCAGAAAAAAAAUAUAUUACUUAAAAAUUUUAUAGACAACAUUGUAAAGUAAAUGAAAAAGGAUAUGUAAAAGAUUUAAGACUUUUAUGUAAAAAUCUUAAGGAUGUUAUAAUAAUUGAUAAUUUAUAAAAUUCUUUUUCACUUAAUUAUUAAAAUGGUAUUUAAAUAAAAGACUUUAUUAACUCUAAAAAAGAUUAAGAAUUAUAAAAUUUAUAACCUUUUCUAAUUUAUAUGAGUUAAUAAAAUGAUGUUAGAGAUAUAAGAUAAUGGAAAUAAAAAUAUGAUUAGUAAUAAAAUUCGAUUAUAUAAUAAUUUUAAAAUAAAAAUUAUUAAACGCCUUCGGUUUUAGUUUAGCUUCAUGCAAAAACUCCUUUAAAUUAUAAAAAAAUAUUCAUAUUGCAGAUCUAUCAACUUAAUAAAGUUUGA